CCCUUCCAAGUUCCGGGUCUCCCCUUCCCCUUCCCAGUCCCGCCGUCUCCAGCCCCCGCCGUCUCCAGCCUUCCCAGCCCGCUGCUGGCCCCAUCUUAUCCGGUUCUCCCCCUCUUCCAGCAGUCCGUUCCGCUUUUCUUCCUUUCCCUGAGCUUGAAGCGGCGAUUUCACUCCAGUCCGCCGAGCUCUGCCGUCAUCGUCGCCCUCACCUCGUGCUCGUCUUCCAGUUCUGUGCUGCUGUUGGUCCUUCAUCAAUUUUCAAAGCUCUGAUACCCAACUUGUGAAUCCAUCAAUUCGGUCGAUAAUGUUUUCACCUUGACGAGUCAAGAUUAUAGCUUGCUCCAUCAUCAAUAAUUGUUCCUUGUGAUUUUGUUGAAAGAUUCUUGAGGACUUUUAAGAUGCUGGCAAUUGAUCCUGCAACAAAAUUAUCUUUCAAUCGAUUGAUUAGCAAUGGUGAUUUGGUUAUAGUUUAUGAAAGGCAUGACAACCUGAAGGCCGUAACCGUGUCUGAAAGUACUGUACUGCAGAAUCGAUUCGGUGUCUUUAAGCAUUCAGAAUGGAUAGGAAAGCCAUUUGGGUCUAAAGUAUUCAGCAACAAGGGUGGUUUUGUAUAUUUGUUAGCUCCAACACCGGAGUUAUGGACUCUAGUUUUAAGCCACAGGACUCAGAUUCUCUAUAUUGCGGAUAUUAGCUUUGUUAUCAUGUACUUGGAGGUUGUUCCUGGUUGCUUGGUUCUUGAAUCUGGCACUGGAAGUGGAUCUUUAACUACUUCACUUGCAAGGGCUGUUGCUCCUACGGGACAUGUCCAUACGUUUGACUUCCAUGAGCAACGAGCUGGAUCGGCCAGGGAUGAUUUUGAGAGGACAGGUCUAAGCAGCUUAAUCAGUGUGAGAGUAAGGGAUAUUCAGGGCGAGGGAUUUCCAAGUGAAUUUGCUGGCUUGGCUGAUGCCGUAUUUUUGGAUCUACCCCAACCAUGGCUUGCUAUUCCUUCGGCUGCAGAAAUGUUAAAACAAGAUGGUACAUUGUGCUCGUUCUCCCCAUGCGUUGAGCAAGUACAGCGAUCGUGCGAAACACUUCAAAACAGCUUCACAGAUAUAAGAACAUUUGAGGUGUUGUUACGCACAUACGAAGUUAGAGAAGGGAAAAUGGAAAACCUGAAUGGAGACAACAAUGGUUCUAAUGGUUCUCUCCCUUGCAAGAGGAGGCAACGUUCCAAUGGAAGCUAUGCGCCGGACAGUAUUGUUUCUUCCGUUAUGGCUAGACCUUGUGGUGAAGCUAGAGGUCACACAGACUAUUUGACAUUUGCGAGACUUAAAUGACUCUGAUGAAGAGUGCCACCAUGUCCAUCCAUUUUUGUAGCAAGGAAAAUAGGUCAAUCUUAGUGCCUCCAUUCAAUUUGGCUAUGUGCAGAGAGACAAGGAUAACGUGGAGCAUUAAUAUAUUGUGGAAGCGCGGGUUUUCAAUGGGUUUGACUGCUAUUGACCGAUUUAAAUGCAUAAAUGAUCUAAAUGUCAAAUCGAAUCAGUUAGGCUACCGUAUUACUAGUUUUUGACCGGUCCGGUCUAGUAGUUUUGAUACUAUGUAUUUUUUUAGUAGGAAUCGGAUAUUUUCUUCUUUGAUUUGUCUUAAUUAUUACAUUUAGUUAUAAGGUAGAUUAUUCAAUUUUUUGUUCUUUCUUAAA